GUUAAUAAUUAAAAGUCGGGCAGAGAAGAGACUAUUUUGGAAGAAGUAUCAGUAUUUUAUUGCAUUGUGAUAAUUGAUAUUAAUUUGUACUUACUACUUUCUUUUUAUUAUAAUGUCUGUAAAUGUUGUAACAGAACUUAACAAUUUGAAUAUCGAAAAUCACAAUGAUGACGAAGACAUCGUGGAUCCUUGGAACGUAAUAAGUAAAUCGGAAAAAGGAAUAGAUUAUGACAAAUUAAUAAAAAAAUUUGGAAGCUCUAAGAUUGACUCUGUACUAAUAAGUCGGUUUGAAGAUGUAAUUAAAAAGAAAGUACAUCACUUCCUUCGGAGGGGAAUUGUUUUCUCACAUCGAGAUCUCAGUUCAAUUCUUAAUCAAUAUGAUGCUGGCAAACCAUUUUAUUUAUACACUGGUCGAGGUCCAUCUUCUAGUUCAAUGCAUUUGGGACACCUUGUUCCAUUCAUGUUUUGUAAAUGGUUGCAAGAUACAUUUGAUGUUCCUCUUGUUAUACAACUUACCGAUGAUGAGAAAUGCUUUUGGAGAAAUAUUCAAAUGGAAGAGGCACAACAUAUGGCAUUUGAGAAUGCCAAAGAUAUCAUUGCAAUAGGUUUUGAUAUCAAUAAGACCUUCAUCUUUUCAGAUCUCAAUUAUAUGGGCCAGUGCCCUGAGUUUUAUCAAAAUGUUAUAAGGAUUCAGCGAUGUGUUACCUUCAAUCAAGUUAAAGGAAUAUUCGGGUUUGAUGACAGUACACCAAUUGGAAAAAUAGCAUUUCCAGCUAUUCAAGCCACUCCAGCCUUAUCAACAUCAUUUCCAGAUAUAUUUGGCAAACAAAAACUACCAUGCCUCAUUCCGUGUGCGAUAGAUCAGGACCCUUAUUUUAGAAUGACAAGAGAUGUCACUCCUAGAAUAGGUUAUCAAAAGCCAGCAUUAUUACAUUCUAGAUUUCUUCCUGCUCUUCAAGGGGCGCAAACGAAAAUGUCUUCUUCUGAUGAGAAUUCGACUAUUUUCUUAACUGAUAGUGCCAAGAAGGUGAAGAAUAAAAUAAAUAAACAUGCUUUCUCUGGAGGUCAAACCACAGUUGAAGAGCAUAGAGAAAAAGGGGGAAAUUGUGAUAUCGAUAUCUCAUUCCAAUACUUAACAUUUUUCCUUGAAGAUGAUGAGAAAUUAGAACAAAUAAAAAAAGACUAUAGUAGUGGUGUCCUACUCACUGGAGAAUUAAAAAAGAUCCUCAUUGAUACAAUUACUCCUAUUAUAAAUCGUCAUCAAGAAGCUCGAUCCAAAGUAACUGAUGAAUUAGUGAAACAGUUUAUGACACCUAGAAAAUUAGCUUUCAAUUUUUGAGAUGAACAUGCAAAUUUAAUUAUAAAUAUAAAAAAUUGACUUUUUCACUAGAUCAAAUCUUAAUUUAUUAUAAUUUAUAAUAUGCAAUAAAAAUUAAUUGGAAUGCUAA